ACAUUUAUCCGGCAUCUACAAUCCGCACAUUUCAAAAAUAAAAACAAAUUGCUAAAAAAUUUCAUAACUUUUUAAUAUGAACGCAUUAGUAAAAAACCUUUCGUUUCAAUUAAUACGAAAUCAACGACAGUUUCUUUUGCACUGCAGUCGCUUCGCCACAGAUGCUAAAGCUAUUGAAGAUCUGACAAAGAAAAAUAAAGUCGUAGUAUUUAUGAAAGGAAAUCCUGAGGCUCCUAAGUGUGGAUUUUCUAAUGCUGUAGUUCAGAUCAUGCGAAUGCACGGAGUUCAAUAUGAUGCUCACGAUGUUCUUCUCGAUGAUGAUAUUCGACAAGGCGUCAAAGACUUGACAAGCUGGCCAACAAUCCCUCAAGUGUUCAUCAACGGAGAAUUUAUUGGAGGCUGCGAUAUUCUCCUUCAAAUGCAUCAAAACGGUGAACUUAUAGAAGUUCUCGAAAAGACCGCUGGAAUAAAGAGUGCGCUUACAGAUGCCGCACCAAAAGAUGAAAAGAAUUAAAUAAAAAGGAAUGAAAAACAAAUAGCAGCAGUUAAUAGCAUAUUUCAUUUAUUGAAGCUUUAUUUCGCAUUUUGUUAAAUGAUAAUAGUAUAAAAUGAAGGAUAAUAAAUAACAUAUUUUAAGCUGAA